AAUGUACUACUCAUAAGGUUGCUGAAAAUCCGUCGACAGCCCACGACCGGUUUCGCCCUUCUUGGGGCUCAUCAGCAAACGGAGAUCCAACUUUCCCUUUCUACUGAAUGUGCCGCACGAAGGCCGCUCCAUGUUUCAGUUGAUACGACAUGUGAGGUAUCGCAGUAUAUUUUCAUGAGGGAAACUACUCGCAAGGUUGGUGAAAUCACC